AUGAAAGCGUCACAGCAAGAUAUUGAAAGUGUUGGGGGCGAAAAUAAGCCGUGGAGCAGAUGGGAAUGUCGUCUGUGGACAAUAAAUUUGUUUCUUGGUACAUGUAUGCUAUAUGCAGCUCGCGUUGCUUUACCUGUAUGUGCAACGGUUAUUGCUCAUGAAUACUCCUGGAAUAAAAACGAUGCGGGAAUUGUAUUGUCUUCAUUCUUUUGGGGUUAUGCUUGCACUCAAGUGAUUGCUGGCUACCUGGCUGAUCGCUGUGGUGGAGAAAGAAUAUUAAGAAUCAGUACAGUAACAUGGGCAUUGCUUACUUUUUUCACUCCUCAUCUCUUCGACAUCUCAUAUUCUACAAAUAAUCCAAUGUUUAUCAUUAUAUUGAUACGUUCUGCAACAGGAAUUGGGCAGGCUUUUCAUCUUCCGUCAAUGGCAUCACUGAUUUCUCGACAUCUGACCUCACAUGAUAAAGGACGUGUGUUUGGUAUAUGUCUGGCAGGAUCUCAUCUUGGAACAGCACUGGCUGGCGCAGUUGGUUCAUUAUUACUUGAAAAUCUUGGUUGGCGUGCGUUAUUCCAGUGUGUAGGGUUCAUGUCCAUUAUUUGGUGGACGUUGCUUCGCUUCAUGUCUUCAUCUCGUAACAAAUCUAUUGAUUCUGACAGCUUUGUGAGUGAUAGUCACCUUCAACAUGGUAUUCGGAAGCCUCUUCUCAUUAACACAUCAGAAAAUAUAGUACCUUGGGCUACACUUUUCAAACAUCCAUCUUUUUGGGCAGCAGCAAUAGCACAAUAUUGUGGUGCAAAUGCAUAUUAUACAUUGUUUAGUUGGCUUCCAUAUUAUUUCUCUGAUACAUAUCCUGAUGCUAAAGGAAUUGUUUAUAAUGUUGUACCCUCCCUUGCGAUCGUAAUAACCUCUUUUUUUGCUCCGUUCAUUGCGUCUACUUUGUUUCUCAGUGUACAUUCUCUCACUGUUACUAGGAAACUGAUGGAGGGCAUUUCAUUAGUUGCAAUGGCAGUAUGCUUGUUAAUUUCGUCGCAGUCCAUGAGUUUCAAUUCUUCCUUGACUACUUUUACCUUAGCCAUGGCAGCACGUGGUUUUCAUCACGGUGGUGUUUCAGUAAAUCCAUGUGAUCUUGCUCCCAAUCACACUGGAUCAGUAUUUGGUGUUUUCAAUGCAUUCGCUGCGAUUACGGGCUUUGUAGGAGUGUACAUGGCCGGAUAUAUAUUACAUGAAACUGGUAGCACAUGGGCCUACGUAUUUAUUUUUACAUCUUUACAAUGUUUUGUUGGAGCAAUUACUUUUUCACUUUUCGGUACUGCAAAUAGGAUCGUUUAA